AUGGGGGCCGACAAGAGCGUUCUAGACGCGAUGAGGGCGGAGUUGGGCAGCGACAGGUUGCUGGAGCUGCCCUUGGAGCACAAGACUAGCCGCUCUGAGUACCCCAGUCGCGCCAUUCGGUCGGUACCGGUUGUUCGUGAUUCCCAUAUUAUGUCCCUUUCCAACAAGUUCAAGAGCGCCAUCGCAGGCGGCGAAUUUAACGAUAGUGAUGCCGAAGCCGUCAGGGGCCUGGAUGAUCUCGGAGGACCGCGUGUCUAUGCUGGUAACGCCCGGGCUGCGAGGCCCCUCGUCGCGGCCCCUCCCCCACGGACUUCGGCACUUGGCCCCAAUGCUCCAACGGCAGGAGAAUCCUCGUCUCGAAGUGGACCUCCUUCUCGCCAAGUUCCGGCAAGAGCACCCAUGGCUCAAACGCAGGCUCACAUUCAGGCCCGCCCUCAGGCUCAGCCUCAAACAAGGGUCACCCAGCCCGGCGCAAAGCAAUCUACUCCUGUGGCUGCCUCGGUUACACCUCGUAGUGGAGUUGCCCAAACUAGCGCCCACAAAGGUCUAGCUCCGGUGCGUACCGGACUUGACCAGGCUGCUCCUCAUCUGCGCGCCCCUUCUGCCAAACAGCUGCAGGCAGUACAGCCCCAAGCUGUUAGAUCUGUUGCACAGGCGGUUGUGGCCACGCCCUCUGCUAUGAAGAAGCCGACCCAAGGCUUAGCUUCUUCGAGAUGGGCUACCGAGGACGUUGCCCAGGAGAGCACUGCCGCGUCUGGCGUGGCCUCGCCGGCGGCUGGAACAAACCUCGCUACCAAGGUCAGAGACGCGUCCAAGGAAAGUGACGAGGUAAAGACGACGGCAUCUGCGCCAUCCGAGGCCGGUCGAUCAACCCCGCUGGUGGCCAAGUUUGCAGCGUUGAAUUUGGAUGAAUGCACUGCUAAGCUCAGUAGCGCGGAGAAUACGGACUCGAAACAAGGACAUGGCACUCUCCCGGUAAUUCCAAAGACCAACACAAAAGCUCCCCACAAGGCUCUCUCUCCAGUCCCUAGCAAGGCAGUCGGUGACAAGGAACACUUGAGCAAGCCCAAGAAGGUUAAAGAGGGCCAGGCUGGAAUCGCAUUUCAGAUGAGUGGCCAUCUCGUGGGCCGUGACAUGAAGCGCCAAACUUGCGAAGUAGUCCUCAAAAUCAGAGGGGUUAGGGGAGCUAGGUUUGAAGUUGAGCUCGAGGGCAAGGUCGCUGCGAGCCAUAACGUUCUCAACUUGUUGAUUAGUGGGCAGACUGACAACAUUUGCACCCUCAAGUUCAGGACUGAGGACAACCUUGUUGCUCCUUAUACCCUGGAUUUCGAGACCUCGGCUCGAUGCACACAGUUCGUGUUUUCACUAAAAAACCUGGAGAUUGCCACCAAGUUGCAGCUUGAGAAUGAGUUGAAGCGGAACGAACCUGUGGUCCCCACCCCAGUUCUUACCCCGGCUGUUACUCCAGCUCUUACCCCGACGCCUACCCCUGCUCUUAUUCCGGCCCUUACCCCGGCUAUUGCCCCGGCCGUUCCGACCAAUGCUGUCGAGCCAGUGAAGCCGGAAUCGGCAGGGAAUGGAAGUAAAAGGGUCACCUACACGGCCGAGGAGCUUCACGGUCUCAAGCCAAAAGCAGUUGAAGGCCUCGACGCGAUCAGGGAGAAAACUAGCCAGCUCCGGGCCCACCCUCGUUCUGCGGCGGCCCGUUUUUCCGGCUCUGUGGCGGCCAAUACCUCGCCGGCUCCCCCAAGGACACCUGUUAGGAAGGUGGAACAGACCGGCGCUAACGAUGAUGAGGUUGAGCCCUCUGACGAGGCGUCUAGAAUGAGGAAGAAGAUGGCCGAGCAACUCGAGUGGCUAUCGCAUGGCAGCGCUAGGAAGCUUGGCUUGUAA